AUGGAAUUUGCAGUGGGUAUUGCGCUGGCAAUCCCCUCAUUAGUGGAAAUGUCAAUCAUGCUAGGAAAGGACCUCGUUGACAAAUUCAGAACUUUCCAGAACUAUGGAUCCGAAGUAGAUGAGCUUAUUACUGUAGUCCAAAGUCAAUGGCUCAGGCUUGAGGAGGAGCUUAAAUAUCUUGCAUCUAUCGAAGACUGUCUCGAACACAGCCUCAAAGAUUGUUUUAAAAAGCUUUCGAACCUUUUGUGCGGUAAAUUUCGAGAUAUCAUGCUGAAAAUCGACGAAUACUCGAGGAAGGAGAAGAUUUUAUACAAGCUGAAGUUCGUAUUUUUCAAAAGAAUACUUAACGAGGCUAUCCACGAACUCCAGAGACGGCAUGACAGUCUUGGAGAUUUGAUCUACACGCUCACUCUAAAUUCGAACACGAUGCUGGAUCAGAGAAUCAAACUUCAAUCAGCACAAUUCAUACCCCCAUAUUUCGCGGUAGUCACGAGCUUACGAGAGGCCAUUUCUACCAAGAAUAAUACCAAGCGGAUAAAGGGCGCUCAGAUAAACUUCGAACACGAUGACAAUCUUUACUGGAGGAAUCGGCAGAAAAUCAAACACACAAGCGCCAGCAUACUAGAAAUACCAGGCAGUCGAUUUAUAAUCGAUUCCAUUCCUUGCAGUCCUUCCGAAAGGCAGCAUCGCGUCCAAGAUUUUCGACAGCUAGCUUUAGUUCUCAAAUCGGUUUCUCCGAGUAACUUUGGUAUUCUUAACUGCUCUGGGAUCGUCGAAUUGCCGAGGACAGAUGUCAGCUGUGAGAUCGAAAUGGUAUUCAAUGUACCCCCAAGACUCAACGCCCCAGAGUCUCUACGAUCUCUGCUUUUGAUGGAAAAUCACAAUGUAUCAUUGUAUCCCAUCGGUGCAAGGAUAGAACUUGCGAAGAAACUCGCCAGAACUGUUUUAUAUGUCCAUGCGGCUGAUUUUGUUCACAAAAACUUCCGCCCAGAGAUGAUACUCAUGUUCAACUCGGACAGCAAGAACUCUCUCGGUUCUCCUUUCCUUAUAGGUUUUCAGAAAGCUCGUCCUGCUGUUGGCUUUACAGCUUACCUAGGAGACAAAGCCUGGGAGGAAAAUAUAUACCGACACCCAGAUCGCCAAGGGGAAUUCCACCAGACGGUUUACAAAAUGGAGCAUGAUGUAUACAGUCUUGGUGUUUGUUUGCUUGAAAUUGCAUUAUGGCAAUCGUUUGUGGUGUGGACCGAAGACAAUCAGCCUGUGAUGACAGAAAUAUCAGACUAUUUGCUGAGGCCCAGUGAGAACGGAAAGCAGGUCAGGCCUUAUGAAAUAAAAGCAAGAAUGGUGAAAAUGGCUGAGGAGAGGGUACCGCGAAUACUCGGGAGCAAGUAUACAGAUGUUGUCAUAUCGUGCUUGACAUGUCUAGACGCUGGGAACGACGAUGAUGAUGCGAUGACCUUGAUGGGGGAUGAACAUAAAAUGGAGAUUGCAAAUCCUUUGAGGGAGGAAACUGUCAGUGUGAGCGCAAGUUAUAUCGAGAAGAUUUUGGGAAAACUUGAAGAGAUAUCGGUGUGA